CUCCUUCCCUUCCCUUCUUAUCCUUUCCCCCUGUUCUUCUUGAGGACUUGAUUAAUUCUUCCUCACCGGUAUUGGUGAUUAUUCUCUUUCCUAAUCAGACCAGUGUGGGUGCUUGAAUUUUCUGCAUCAUUUUCCCAUCAACCAAUUCUCGACUUGUGCAAUAAAUUUCCGUCAAUAUGUCCACAGAGUAUGAUCACGAAAACGGUCGCUAUGACGACGAGCCUCGCUUCUCUCGCGACGAACGCAGCGCAUCUCCUCGCGAUGAGCCUCGUGCCGACCGCGCCCGGAGCCGCUCUCCCAAUGGUCGCGCCGAUGACCGGGCUCCUAUCGAGCCGCGUAAGCCUCUUGAGGAUGAAGAAGGUGCGGUCAACACUGGCUCCAACCUUUUCGUCACGGGCAUCCACCCGCGUCUGACCGAGUCCGACAUUUCGCGUCUUUUCGAGAAAUAUGGUGAUGUCGAGAGCUGCUCGAUCAUGGUCGACCCCCACACCAAGGAAUCUCGUGGCUUCGGAUUCGUCAAGAUGGUGACUGCGGAACAAGCCGACGCUGCCAAGGAAGGUUUGCAGGGUGAGGUCAUCGAAGGCCGUACUCUCAGCAUUGAGAAGGCUCGCCGUAGCCGCCCUCGCACUCCGACCCCCGGCAAAUACUUUGGACCCCCCAAGCGCGACUUCCGGGGCGGUGGCCGUGGUGGACGCGGUGACCGCUACGACGACCGACGUGCCCCUUACGGAGGCAGCUGGCGUCGCAACGACGACUACCGUUAUGGCCGCUACGACUCUUACAGUGACCGCCGCGACUAUGGCGGCCGUGGUGACUACCGGGAUUACCGCCGUGACUACCGGGACGACUACGGUAGCUACCGUGGAAUUGAUCGUUAUGCUUCGGGAGGACGGGAAGACCGGUACAGUCGCGAUGAACGCCGCGAUGACCGCCGCGAAGAGCGCCGUGGCUAUUAUGAUCGCGAUGCUAACCCUCCUAGUUACAGUCAUGGUGGUGCUCCUCCUCCUCCCCGCGAGGGCUAUUCCGGCGGCGGCGGCAGCAGCGGCGGCGGUGGUGGCGGUCGCUCGUAUGAUCCUCGUGAAGACCGCUAUGGUAGCAGGUAGGUGCAGGGUUGGGAGUUAUCGACGAUUAAAACUCAGGGUCAUGGCACGUAAUUCUUUUCCCCCUUCUCUAGUCUCUGU